GUAAUGCGACGUUAUCGCGCACUGGCACCUUUUGUCGCUGUAUCGUGCUUUCAUCGCUAACGGUGCCCAACACACGUCAACGCAACAAAUGACCGAUACCGACCAGGAAUCUUGCCAUUGGAGACGCCUUACUCCCGACCUGGUGCGGCGCAUAGCAGCGUGCGCCCAUCCGAACGCAAUCGCCGGGUCAUUGAAGCUUACUGACAGCGAGACCGCCGCGGCGCUUCGUGGGAGCUACAACGUCUUGCAGUUGCUCCAACGGUCCACCGGGGGGAACGAGCACGCGCUGUCAUUCGCCGAGGCUGAGUGGCCUGGGCACGCCUUCGUGGCGCACUGGGACCGCCCCGAGCCCUGGCACUCUCUCAACCUUUUCCGGCGCUGGCGGCUGCUGUGCCUGGCCGCGUCCUCGGGCCACGCCGCCAGUCUGUAAGCAGCCCAGGCGCACUGCGGCUGCUCGCUAACCCCAGAGGUGCUGGCGUCUGCCGCGAUGGUGGGCAAUCUGGAGGGCUGCGAACGGCUGCUGCAGCAGGACAGCCGUGCCCUUGGACUGCUUGCAUUCUCGGCUGCAGCGGAAGCCGGCCAGCUGUCAGCCCUGCAGUGGCUACUAGGGCGGUCCCAUGCGCCCGAUAUGGGGGUGGCCAGUGCCCUCAGCGCUGCAGCUCAGGGAGCCUGCAAGGGCGGCCAGCCCCACAUCCUGGCUUGGCUGCAGCAGGCACACGGCUCUCCAUGCCAAAAGCAGCUUCUUGUCAGAGGAGGGCCUGCUGUACCUGACUGAGGUGGCACAGGAUCAGGAGGAGGCUGCCAGCAAUCCGGAUGGUGAUUGGGGGGAGGCGGGCAGCAGCCAGCAGCUACAGCCAGAGCACGAUGGCAAACCAGCACAGCGCUGGAGCACCAGCACCAGGGAUGGCUGGUCAGGAGCAUUCACGCAUGCGGCACACCGGGGUGCCAGCCUGAGGGUGCUGCAGGCACUGCAUGCGCGUGGUGCAGGCCUUGACCUGGCUGCAGUGGCAUAUGGUGGCAGCAGGGAAGCCCUGGACUGGGCAGCAGCAGAGCUGCAGGUGGCGACACGGGAGGUGAGGUCACUUAUGCAUGCAGGCAAUACCAUGGCGCUGGCCUGGCUGCAAUCCCAUGGACUAUUGUAAGACCCAGGGGCGUGUUUGAUUGCCAAUCUGUUAAACCUAUUGUUCUUGAGGUAUUUACGCUGGGGCUGAAUUGGGAUGGAAUGCAUGUAAGUGUGGAAAGGAAUACAAUGUAGCCCACAUGUAAUUGCUAGAGUAUUAAUAUUUAGUUUUUACUUUUGGAGGGGUGUCGCUAGUGUAGCCCACAUGUGGUGUCAUACCAAGGAAACCAGAGAAUGGAACCUUCAAUGAACCCCUUAAUGGCCAUGCUGAUUUGCGUUAAAAUGGGCAUGCUGCAUGUGCCCAACAUCUGGAAUGAUGCGCCCUGUUUUGUGUAGUGCUGAGACACUGGAGCAAACUGAACCUGCUUACUGAAUACCACAGUUCUAUAAAGGUUUGGGUAUUCAAAAUCUUGGAAGGAGAA